AUGAAGCCCUUACGCGCAAAGAUCAUAACGAAUCGAGAUUUCAAAUUAGCUCCGGGAGAGCAGUUCACCCCAGAGGAAGAAAAACCGAAUCCGAAUCAACAAUUGAGAAAGCUGCAAAAGCAAGGAGGGCGAAAGAUUAUUAUGAACAUAGAAUUGCAGUACAUGAAUCAUGAGUUUGAUGUUGAAUGGCGCACGGCGCCCCAUCUGACAAAUCCAUUGGACGACUGCCUUUUAUCUCUUUCCCUUCUCUUGGGCGAGCUUUCUCAAGCCAACCUCCAGGUUAGGAAGACGAAUGGUUGA